AAAAAAACUAAAAUUAAAAUUAUUGUAUCAAUCGAGCCCGACAUAAAUAUAUGCCCUUUAAAAAGUAAGUGUGUGUGCAUUCAUAUAGUAUGGAAAAGUUCGAAGUAUAAUUUUUGGUGGCGCUGUCUGUAUUCAUGAAUACUCUCUACCAAUAACUGAAUAGUUUAGUGUUGUUGUGCACGCUAUAUAUCAAUCUUUGGACUUACUAACGAACAAUUUUAUAUAGUCAUAUUUAGUUUUUAAUAACUACUGGAUGCAUACAGAAUAUUUAAAGUUUAAUACUUUCACUAAGGGUGACAAUAGAUUUUGUACAAAUAAUCGCAUAAUUAUCCCUUCAAGAUCGUAUUAUUAGUCGUCCAUUACACAACGUAAACAAAAAAAAUGGGACAUGCCAGUUGUUGUGUUGUUGGUUGUACUAACACGGGAAGAAACAGCAAUUGUAAAUUUUACCGUUUUCCGACAGCAACAUGGAAAUUAGAAAAAAGAAAAGAAUGGAUUAAUGCUGUAAAAAGAAAAAAUCUUGAUGGCUCACCAUGGUAUCCGAAACCGAGUGAUCAUAUCUGUAGCGAUCAUUUUGUCGGUGGUAAAAAAUCAGAAGAGGAACUAAGUCCCAGUUACAUCCCGACGAUUUUUCCUUCAAUCUACGGAUCAUCCAAAGUUAACACAUCUACUGCUCUAAACAGGCAUAAACGUUUUAUGGAACGAAGAAUUAAAAAGCAAAAUUUAACAACUGCGGUACCGAGUAAAAAUGAUGAAUUUUUUUCAAGAAAUAACAAAAUUAUAAUUAAUAACUUAGCUGAUGGUUGUUAUUCCACUAAUAUAAAAAAAAUUAGUCAAGAAACUCAAGUAAAUAUAUUUUUCCAGCCAAUCGAAACGACCAAAACAUUCAUUUGCAAUAGAUACAUUUACAACGACAAAAAUGAUGCUGAGGUUCAAACGUCUAUAACAGAAUAUGUCGAAAGUAGAUGGAAAAUUCCUAAGAAAAAUUUUAGCGAAAAAUCUUGUGGUACUGAUCAUAAGAUUCGAGUUGAUAAAUGCGUUGCUACGGUCAAUAAAUGUUUCUAUGGUUUUAAAUCAAUUCGCAAAGAUGAUCAGUUGGUAGAGUUAGCAGGUGUUACUUUUAAUAAUUUUGAGUUUUUAUUGAAGAAAAUGGGUUCAAUGAAUAAAUGUACGAUAUCAAAUGAAGACCGGCUGUUAAUUUUUUUAAUCAAAAUAAAAACAGGUCUAACGUUUUCAACUUUGAGUGCUUUGUUCGAUGUUCAUAGGACUACAAUUUCAAGAAUUUUUCAUGCAACUCUACAGAAUUUGGUUUCAGCAACAACAAAUUUAAUAUAUUGGCCAGAUUCAGAAACUUUAAAAGCAACGAUGCCUGCAUUUUUUCGUUUGAACUAUGUUAAUACUCGAGUAAUCAUCGAUUGCGUUGAAUUCAAAAUAGAAAUACCAGCAAGUAUCGAUAGCAGUGUCUAUCGUUGUCCAAGUAAUGAUAAAGCUUUUACAGCCAAAAUUCUUAUCGGCAUUACUCCUGGAAGCUUUUUUUGUUUUAAAUCUAAAGCAGUUGGUGCUAGAAUUACUAACUCACAAUUGAUAGUCGACUCUGGAUUAAUAAACAAUUUAAAAGAUGGUGAUGUUGUUCUAACUGGUAAAAAAUGUUACGGAAUCAAUGCAGCUAUUUAUCAAAGUGAAAAACAGAUUAAGGUUGUCACACCAAAAUUCUCAGAAGGUAAAACAAAUUGUCGAGGAGCAGAAUCUGAGAAACCUAACAGCAACGUUGCUAAAGUACAAAUUCACAUAAAAAAGAUAAUUGAAAGCUUAAAACUUUAUAAAGUUUUGGAUAACAUUCCUGAAAAUUUAUUUGAUUGUGUAGAUGAUAUUAUACAUAUUUGCUGCGUUUUGGUUAAUUUAAACAAAGAAAAAGUAAACAUUGUGAUAAAACAUUCGCAGCCAAAUGAAUUGUUAUAGAAAUCAAUAAAAUUUGUCAUAAUUUUUGUUAGGUUCAAAAUUCUCUUUUUAUCUAACAAAAUUUUGAUCGUAUUUUUAUAAAGAAAUUAAUUCUAUAACUAAUAAAAUAAUUAUCAA